CCCUCUUCCCCCUUCUCAGGCAACAUGUCGGAAGGAAAUGCCGCCGGCGAUCCCAGCACUCCGGGAGGGCCGCGACCCCUCCUGUCUGGCGGCCGGGGACUGGUGGGGCGGCGGCCCGCGCCCUCGCUCACACCGGGUCGCCUUCCCUCCAUCCGCUCCCGGGAUCUCACCCUCGGGGGAGUCAAGAAGAAAACCUUCACCCCAAAUAUCAUCAGUCGGAAGAUCAAGGAAGAGCCCAAGGAAGAAGUAGCCAUGAAGAAGGAGAAACGUGAACGGGAUAGAGACCGUCAGCGUGAGGGCCAUGGACGGGGUCGGGGCCGUCCAGAAGUGAUUCAGUCCCACUCUAUCUUUGAGCAGGGCCCUGCAGAAAUGAUGAAGAAAAAAGGGAACUGGGAUAAGACAGUGGAUAUGUCAGACAUGGGACCCUCUCAUAUCAUCAACAUCAAAAAAGAGAAGAGGGAAACAGAUGAAGAAACCAAGCACAUCCUGCGCAUGCUGGAGAAGGAUGACUUCAUCGAUGACCCUGGGCUGAAGAAUGACACACGGAACAUGCCAGUGCAACUGCCCCUGGCUCACUCAGGGUGGCUUUUUAAGGAGGAGAAUGAAGAGCCAGAUGUUAAGCCUUGGCCCGCUGGUCCCAAAGAAGAGGACAUGGAGGUGGAUGUGCCCGCUGUAAAAGUGAAAGAGGAGCCACGAGAUGAGGAGGAGGAGACCAAAAUGAAGGCCCCUCCCAAAGCAGCCAAGAAGACCCCAGGCCACCCAAAGGACAUGUCCGUGGCUGAGUUGCUCAAGGAACUUAGCCUCACUAAGGACGAGGAGCUGCUGUUUCUCCAGCUGCCAGACACCCUUCCUGGGCAGCCACCCACCCAGGACAUCAAGCCUGUCAAGACGGAAGUGCAGAGUGAGGAUGGACAAAUGGUGGUCAUAAAGCAGGAGAAAGAUCGGGAAGCGAGGCUGGCAGAGAAUGCUUGCACCUUGGCUGACCUGACAGAGGGUCAGGUGGGCAAGCUGCUCAUCCGCAAGUCAGGGAAGGUACAGCUCCUCCUGGGCAAAGUGACGCUGGAUGUGACGAUGGGAACAACCUGCUCUUUCCUGCAGGAGCUGGUGUCUGUGAGCCUUGGAGACAGUAGGACAGGAGAGAUGACAGUCCUGGGACAUGUGAAGCACAAACUUGUAUGUUCCCCCAAUUUCGAGUCCCUGUUGGAUCACAAACACCGGUAAAAUAAGCAGAUGGAGGAGAAUGGUGACUGUGCCCACGGCUGCUGCCUGCUCCAGACGUUUUGUUCUCAAAUCUGGGCGACCCAGAAGGGGCCUGUUUAGCCCACCCACUGCAGUUUUUGGCAGCCAUAUUCACAGUUUUCCCUCACUGGGGGGUAUGCUGCUUCCUCCCCAGCAGCAGUGAACAGCACAAUGACUUUCCCACAGUGUGGAUAUGGAUGGCACAUCCUCGCUGCUAGGGACUUACCCCUGCUAUUUAUUUUUAUAUUUAUGUCAUUAUCUCCUCAACCGGGUGCAUCCUCCCAAGGUAGGAUGGUGCAGGCUUCUUCUCUGGAGCCUCGGGCUGCAGGGGUGGGAAGGGGAAGGCUGGGCUUUGCUUCUGUUCCCCCCUUCCUCUUAGGAAGCAGUUAGGAAAGGGCAGGGGUGGGGUCUGAGACUUAGGAUUCAGUCCCAGCUGCUCGGUUCCUGGGAUCUCGCACAACUACCUAACCUCUCUGAGCCUCGCAUUCCUCAUCUGACAGUGGGGAUGGUACCUACCUCACAGGGUUGGUGUGAGGAUCUAAUGGAAUAUUGGGGAUGAAAACUCCUUGCACAAGGCCAGACAAUAUAUGCCUGUAGGCGCUUAAUAAACAGUAGUUUCCCUUUC